AGGUGUUGCUCAGUGAUGAUCAAAAAAUUUUUUUUUCAAUGUUUCGUUCAUAAAUUAGAUAUUGAAUACAUUUCACACGAAACAACGAUUCAAGUACACGAAACUAAAAUAACUAUGGUGGUUGACUCUGGUGCACGACACCGUCAUCCACCAUCGGCUUCAAUGAGUACACAUCAACAUCAAAAUAACCACAGCAAAAUGCAAGCAACUGGUAUGACACCAAAAGAACUGUCGGAAAAUGAUGACCAUGCCACAUCACUUGUACUCGAUCCAUAUUUGGGCUUUACAACACACAAAAUGAACAUUAAAUAUCGACCGCUGAAAGCGAACACAACCGAAUUAAAAAACAUUGUUGCCGAAUUCAUUCAAACACAAGACUAUGAAAAAGCGUAUCAGAAAAUUAUGAAAGGCGAAUGGAUGCCCCGUCACAUUAAAAUGAAUAAAAAUAAAUUGGCGCAACAACGUUUGCAACAACAUAUAUAUCGGUAUUUGCGUGUUUUUAGUCGUGAGUCGGGAUUUAUGAUUGAAGGUUGUUAUCGAUAUUCACUGGAAGAUCAAAAGGGAGCCAAAAUAUCAGCAACACGUCGUUGGGAGAAAAAUGAUAAAAUCGAAUGUUUGGUUGGAUGCAUUGCCGAAUUAACCGAGGAAGAGGAACGUGCAUUAUUGCAUCCGGGCAAAAAUGAUUUUUCCGUAAUGUACAGUUGCCGAAAGAAUUGUGCUCAACUUUGGCUCGGACCGGCUGCUUAUAUAAAUCAUGAUUGUCGAGCGAAUUGUAAAUUCGUUGCAACCGGACGGGAUACGGCUUGUGUUAAGGUAUUACGUGACAUUGAAGUUGGUGAAGAGAUAACAUGCUUUUAUGGUGAGGAUUUUUUCGGCGAUAACAAUAGCUAUUGUGAAUGCGAAACGUGUGAACGACGCGGUACUGGUGCCUUUGCAUCGAGAAAUAUAAGCAUGAGCACGAUGAGCGAUGAUAGUAAUGCUAGUUCAAGUUUAAAAACGAUCGCCGGCAACAGUCAAAGUACAGUUGGUACAACCGGAAAUUAUCGAUUACGUGAAACGGACAAUCGAAUCAAUCGUAUAAAAAAUAAAAACAAGAAUGCAAUACAAAGCGGAAAUAUGAGCGUCGGGACAAGUAAUCGUGCAGAUAAUGAUAAACUUAUGACACCACUUACACUUAAGGAACUUCGGCAAAAAGGACUAACGAAGUACGAUGCCGAAAUGAUAAUUGCACAACAGAACCCAAAUGUGUUCAAUAAAUAUUCACAGAUGACAUCUGUGGAUGCAUCCAAAAAUCUCGAUGCAAAUAGUAAAAUAAAAAAUGAUGGUAGCCAAACGAAAAGCACUGAUGAAACAGCGAAGAAUCGUACGCCUUUAUCGAGACGAAGAAGUAAACGAAUUGUAUCGUCGGAAAGUGGUGUUGGUACGGUUGAAUCAACAUCACCGGCCGGCCAAUCGACAAAGGCAAGCAGUUCAAGCAAUUCACCGGCUGUGAAAAUUAAAAAAUCACCAGCUAUGUCUUUGCGUGAAAGACGUUUCAAACGGCGUGAGGCUACAAAAAACUUAAACGAUGGCGGUGUUGCUGCAACAAAGGCAAUCAGUUCAAAUCCAGACACGGAGGCUAAUGAUAGCAUUGCAUACAAUCAGAACCAUGAUGGCGCUUCAUCGUCACAGAACUUAUGCUCAGACCAUGAACUGAGCAACGGAGUAGCGGUUGCGUUGCAGACCGAAACCACUCCGACCAAAAAUCGAUCUAAUACCAUAAAUCACUGCCGACAAAAUUUAUCUGCGAAAAUCUGUGAUUUAACCAAAAGAGAUGAUGUUUUCAUUCAUGAUACAAGCAAAACAUGUUCAACCAUCACACCAAAAUCGAAUGGUAUCGUUAAGUCAUCGUCGAUGCCAUCAUCAUCGUUGACCAAUGGAUUAAUACCGAGACGAUCACGUAAAGGGAUUCCACAUAAAUUGGACAUCACAAACGGGUUCGAUGAUUCGGACGUUGAGCUUCCUAGCGGUGUAAUCGAAACCGAUUUAAAACUACCUCCACCAAAUACAGCUCAACAAACGUCAAUCAAUGGCAUUGUAAAUGGAACAAUUGCCAGAAAACGAAAAAUAUCGAAAAGCGUAAGUGAAUCGGAGAGUACGUCGUCUUGGGAGAAUAAAGCACCACCCGAUGCACAGUGUUUGAGCACGAAAAAUACAAACAGUGCCAUUGUUUUGCAACCAGAGCAUGCAUUGAUGAAAACACCCGAAAGACGGUUAAAACUAACUUUACGCAUGAAACGAAGUCCAAUGUUAGAUGAUCUUAUUGAAUCUGGAACGAAUUUGAGUGAUGGCAGCGGUAAUAGUGCAUAUAAUACACAUUAUGCACCCGAAUAUGAAGUGUUUCGUGUUGAAGGGCUACUUGAUAAUUCGGAUGAUGAUUCAUUUGACGCAACGUCACCAUCAAAACAACAACAAAAACGUAAGAAACGACACAAAACAAAGGCGAAAAGUCAUCGGCAUCGCCACCGAAAACAACAGUCACAACAACAUCGCCAAUACGAUAACAUGGAACAAACUAGUUCAGAAGAUCAAUCAGAGCGCAGUAAUCAUUUGCAUUUUAAUCAUUCAUCACAUGGAAAACAUAGUCAUGAACCGAACGAAUACCACAAUCAUGAGAAAAUGCAUUUAGAUAAAAUGCAAUACAACAAUAGUGAUAACAGUGAAAUUCACAAUGGCAUUCGACAUUUGAAUAGUAACUGUAAUAAUUGUAGUGAUCAUUGUAACUCGCAUAUUCUACAAAAAACUUCACCUCAUACACAGCCAAUGAAACGUCUACGGUUAAUUUUCGGUAAUGAAUCACAUACUAUUGACAUUCCACCAAUAACGACACAGUCGUCAAAUACAACAACAUCAACUAGACUCAUUCCAACCAACUCAAAUCAUUGUUACCAAAAAUUGAUCAUUUUGUGUGGAAUUACCAAAAGAAAUAUGUCACGUUUAAUUGUAAAGAAUUUACCGAAUGGCCUCACUGAGAAUCGUUUGAGGGAAAUUUUCGGCAAGAAGGGCCACAUCACUGAUGUACAAUUGAAAUUUACAAAAGAUGGAAAAUUCCGAAAAUUCGGUUUUGUUGGAUACCAAUCGGAACAAGUUGCCAGCGAAGCAAGAGACUUUUUCAACAACACUUGCAUUGACACGAGCCGAAUAAAUGUGGAAAUUUGCGCUGCAUUGGGAGCUGAAACAAAGCCGCAGGCAUGGAGUAAAUACGCAAAAGAUAGUUCAACAUAUAAAAAAUUGCACGGCAUUGAGGAGGACGACGAGAUAAAGACCAAGGAGACGCUCGCCGAAAAGGAGAAGAAGAAAAACAAGAACGACAGAUUGGAUGAGAUUUUUGGCGAGCAUAAGAAAGAUCCGAAAUUCAUAGAAUUUAUGAAAGUGCACGGGAAAGGAAACGAUAUUUGGAAUAACGAUCUUGGAUUAGUUGAGCAAACCGAAGACGACAUCAUAGGUAAAAGUAAACAAUCCACUACUGCUGAAAAUGAGGAUGAUAGUGGUGAUGAUGGUGAAAGUGAGGCGGCCGACGAAGGAGAGGAUGAAGAGGAAUCAGUAAAGUUGGCAGAUCAGUCUAUCAGUGACUUGGAAUAUUUGAAAUCGUUGAAAAGUAAAACAACAACUAAAACCGACACAAAAGCCAGUGCAAAAGAGAUGAAAGUAACUGAUCUCUUCACCAUUAAAAUUCGUGAAAUUCCAUUUAAGAUUAAACGUAAAGAUAUCGUUAAAUUUUUCAAACCCGUUAAAGCGUUCUCAAUCCGCUUGCCGACGCGUGAUCAUGGUUUUUGCUAUGUUGGAUUCAAAACCGAAAAAGAAUUUAACAAAGCAAUGCUCAAAAACCGUAGUUUCUUGAAUGGCAAACAAGUGACGCUAAUCGAUUUCACGGAGAAAAAUAAGGAGUCAGCAUUACGAAAAGAGAAUCCGGAUAACGUAAACGGGGAAAAAGGUUCAAAAAAUCCAAAAUGGGCAAAACAAGAGGAAGCUCUAAAGAAUGAAGAAGACAUCAGUGAAUCGGGUCGCAUAUUUUUCCGAAACUUGAGUUAUACGGUUAACGAAGAGCAAUUGCAAGAGCUAUUUGAAAAAUAUGGCCCAGUAACUGAGGUGAAUUUACCCAUUGAUCCUGUUACACGAAAAAUUAAAGGAUUUGGCACCGUUACGUUUGUGAUGCCAGAGCAUGCCAUUCAGGCCUUCUCCGAACUCGAUGGGUCCACGUUUCAUGGGCGAUUAUUGCACUUGAUUCCGGCCAAAGCCAAAGAUGACGAUGAAAACGUGAAUACAGAAGGUUUGUCGUUCAAGCAAAAGAAAGAGUUGGAAAUGAAAAAAGCUGCAGGUUCAGCACAUAAUUGGAAUACAUUGUUUUUGGGAGCAAAUGCUGUGGCAAAUACAUUGGCAAAGAGUUAUCAAACGACUAAAGAGCAAAUUCUUGAUACAGCGACCGGUGGUAGUAGUGCAGCCGUUCGAUUGGCACUCGGUGAAACCGAAUUAAUCAUUGAAAUGCGCAAAUUCCUCGAAGCAAAUGAUGUCGUUUUAGAUGCAUUCAAUCAAGCGCCGAAAAAACGAUCGAAAACUGUUAUUUUGGUUAAAAAUUUACCAGCAGACACACAGAUCACGGAUAUUCAGCCAUUAUUUGCUAAAUUCGGGUUAUUAGGCCGUAUCGUUUUGCCACCCAGUGGAAUUACAGCAAUCGUCGAAUUUCUAGACUCAAGCGAAGCGAAAAAGGCUUUUUCAAAACUUGCCUAUACCAAAUUCAAGAACUUGCCACUUUAUUUGGAAUGGGCGCCAGACAAUACAUUCAAAAGUGCUGCCACGAAAGCAAUGGAAGUUGAUAUCAUUAAAAAUGACGUCGAGAAAAUGGAAAAUGUUACAGCGAAAAACUCGAAACCGAAUCCAUUCUCAAAGGGAGAUAAAAACGGGCGGAAUGUCAAAGCACAUAAAGUGGAAGAUGAAGUAUUUGAAAAUUAUGUGGUCAAUGAUAUAGCAGAGAAAUCAACAUCACAAGAGCAAGCAGCUGAUGAGGAAAGUGACAUUGAAGAUAUUCAACCAGAGCCAAAUACUACGUUGUUCUUGAGAAAUUUGAAAUUUUCCACACAAGUCGAAACUCUGCGAGAGCAUUUCAGACACAUUGGUAAAAUUUAUCACGUUCAAGUUGCGAUGAAAAAAGAUCCGGAAAAUCCACAGAACAAAAUUCCACUGGGCUAUGGAUUUAUUCAAUUCAGACAAAAAGCAUCGGCGGAAAAAGCGUUGAAAACAAUGCAAACGACUUUGAUCGAUGGAAAUUCGGUUGAGUUGAAGAGAAGCGAUCGAACACUACAAAUUGAAACCCAAACGAAUCGCAGGUCAGCAAAGGCAUUAAAACAAACUGGAUCAAAGAUUUUGGUUCGCAAUAUUCCGUUCCAAGCUAAAUCCAAUGAAGUACGAGAAUUGUUCAAGGCAUUUGGUGAAUUGAAAUCGUUACGAAUCCCGAAGAAAAUGACACCCGGCGAAGAUGCUCACAGAGGAUUUGGAUUCGUUGACUUUAAUUCAAAGUCCGAUGCAAAGAGAGCAUUCGAUGCAUUGAGCCACAGUACUCACUUGUACGGUCGACGGUUGGUAUUGGAGUGGGCUGCACCAGACGAUGGAAUCGAUGAGCUACGAAAAAGAACAGCCGAACAUUUUCAUGCAUCACAAUCAGAUGGGAAACGCAGCAGGAAAGGCGUAUUUGAUGCUAGUAAUGUUACAAAAUUCGCUGAAAAUAGCGGUGACGAAGAAUAGAUUGUUUAUAUGUGUAUAUUUGGAAUAUAUACAUUUUUAAAAAUUUAAAGAAAUACAUUUUUAUUUAAAGCAAAA